CCCACACACACACACAGAGACACACAUUCACCCCCCAUGGAUCUCCUCCACACCCCGACCUCCAUGGCCAAACGCCCCUGCCCUUUCCCUUCCUCUCCCUCUUCUCCUCCUCCGAACCCUAACAAACUCCCUAACAUGAACAAUCAAGUCGGCAACCUUCUCCAAACAUUUCUUAACCUAGCUGACUCUCAUUCUCUCUCCAUCGACCAAUCAUUGGAGCAUCUCCUCGACUCCUCCCCUUGCGAUGCUGAUCAGUCUCUCCUCAUCGAUCGCGCCCUUAAACUAGGAUCUCUUCUUCUCGAAGCCGGCAACCGCUCUGCUAGGAAACGCUCUUCCGUUCAUAAUUCACUCACCUGGGCUCUCCCUCCUGAUCUCACCAUCAAGUUAUUUUCUAUGCUUGAUGCACAAAGCCUGUGCUAUGCUGCUGCAACUUGUUCCAUGUUCUACAAAUGUGCCAUGGAUCCCUUGUGCUAUGCCAAUAUUGACUUGACAACUGUGGUCCCAAAAGUUAACAAUGCAGUUGUGUCUACAAUGAUCCAACGUGCUGGAAAAGCCCUUCGGUCCCUUAAGCUUGGUAUAGUUCCAGGUCCGACUCUGCCUCAUGGAUCUUGUCAACCAUUGGUUUAUGGAAUUAGGAAUGCUGUAGAAGUAUCUAACUUUUCAUGGAAUGAUAAAAAGACCAGACAGGGGAAGGAGUCAUCCACUCUUACUAGAUACUGCUUAACUCCUUUAAGUGGGGACAAUGGUGCUGCUGGGGCUGUUUUGAGAGGAUUGCAUCUAUACAAUAUUGAAAGAAUUGACAACACAUCACUUUGUGGGGCAUUGUCAGCCUGCCCAUCUCUGCUUGACCUGGAAAUAAUUGGCCUACAUGUUGACUUGAGGCAAACAUUGGUGUCAGUGAGCUUGAAUUGUCCCUUGAUAGAGCGUUUGUUUUUUGAAUCUUCAAAAACAGGAAGAGAUGACAGUUUGAAAUCAUCAACCUGUGUGGAUCUAGUAAAUAAUUGUCCAAAUUUAACCUCACUGGCUCUAAGAGGUUUCAAGCUGUAUGAUUAUAAACUUCGGAUACUUGUUAAGGGAUUUUGCAAACUAAAAUAUGUAGAUUUUUCAACGUCAUAUUCUAUCACCGGAAGCUUUUUGAGGAACCUUGGUGGUGACAUGGGUGGGAGUUUGCUGGAAGUUUUGAUUUUCCGAGACUGCAUGCAUCUCAAAGAGUUGGAAGUUGCCCGAUUAUUUGCAUCAGUUCUUGCUGGGGACUUUAGAUUUCUUCGAUAUCUUGAUAUAUCAAACAGGGAAGGUUUGGCUGCUGCAGGUGAUUCGUAUGGCAGAUGUUACAGUUUAAGUAUCAUUCCUACAAAGCAGGUAUUAGAAGAAAGGCCUGAUAUCUGUUUGCUAGCAGAAUUUCCAUCAGAAGGAAGUUUUGUCGACCUUGGCCAAAUGACUGAUAGCGAUCUAACUAGCGAGGUCAGCCUGUCAUCACAAUUGAGCAGUCGUGCAUCAGAUGGUUUGUCAUUCAUGUGUACAUCUGAAAUCAACUAUAGUAGUGAUCAGACUAGUGGUAAUGAGGAGGGGUAAAGGUUCUGGAUAUGUUGUUUUGAGGAGAGCUCAGAUGAGUUUGAUUAUCCUCUUGGCUAGGUGAACCAUGAAGUUCAGCAAGGUUUGGGAUUUGUAGGUAUCCAUCUCCGUCUCUGUCAACUAUGCUUUUGAUUGCAAGUAUUUGAACUCUAUGAAGUGAUAACUCCUUCCACUUAAGGACCAGUAUUUAUCUUUCUUCAGAACAUGGUUGACAGGGAUAUGCAUGAUGAUUAAGUUAAAGAACUGGAAUCGCAUGUUGGGAAGCCCUUAUUCCUGACAUUUUAUCAGUAUUCAAAUCAACAAGGCCGGGGUACUGACAAGUUGCAUGCUAAUUGAUGUGGACCAGUUUUUUCUCUAACAUUGUGCUCUUAUGCUUCGUGGAUUUAUGAAGGGAGGCUUUUAUUGAGAGCAAGCUGAUUAGAACCUUUGCUGAAUUGACUAGUGGACAAUGGACUUUCUUGCACAUUACAUCAUCACUUUCAUGCCUCCCGUACAUCGGAUGCCUGUAGAUUUUAAAGCUGCUGAUGUUCCCGGACAGUGGAUUGAGUUGGGGGUUUGCCGUCCUUGUUUACUGAGAUGACUGUCGAAGCCUUUGGGGAAGUUUUUUCCCCUUUCCCGGAAUUGUGCUCUUUUAUAUUAUAUUACAUAUAUUUUCUUACCAUACUUGGUGGUGGACUCCUCUACCUUACCGUGAAAUUUGUAUCCAGGAUAUUGGAUGAUAUCAUAUUCAUUAAUUAUCGAUGAAAAAUGUAUAAUGUGGCUUACAAGGGGUCAUAUUGAUGUUGGGAUC